AUGUGAUAGCGACGAAACAUCCACUAAACACAUGGUUCAUGUCCAACCACAUGUUUCUUAGAGAACUUAAACAGAACACCACCACACAAUUUCCAUCUCACAAUUCUUUCUCUUUCUCUCUUUUCUGUGUGAGAAAGAAGACUCAAUGGUCUCCAAUUGCUUAAGCCUUAGUCUCCAUCUCAAUCUCCAUCCCCACAAACACAAUCGUCAUUCUCUUUCUUCUUUAAGAUCUCGCACAAAAGCUAAACUCUAUCAACAUGUCUCAUUCACAGAUUCAAGCCACAAGAGUUCCUACACUUCUUGUGUGUCUACGUUCGACAUUCAACGCAAAAGUAGCAAACACUAUGAAUUGGGCAAGCACAGCUUCAGUCCGAUCCUGCCUGGUGACAACUUGGUUUUGAGCCGAUCUGGUGUCAUCCGCCCACGACUCUCAGCGAUGACCGGCUCAGAAAUUAAUGACCACGGGUACGACGAGUCCCAAUUCGACCCAUCCCUCACGAAUGACGACUUGAAACCGACAACUCCAAGCCAGAGAACGUUUUCAUGGUUGGAUAUGUCAAGUUUAUGGAUCGGUCUCGUAGUUGGUGUGCCUACUUACUACCUCGCCGGGAGCCUAGUGGAUCUUGGCAUGGCGUGGUGGCAAGGGAUCGCCACAGUUGUUACAGCCAAUCUAAUACUACUUGUGCCGCUGGUCCUCACCGCUCAGCCUGGCACUCUGUACGGAAUUUCCUUCCCUGUCCUUGCUAGAUCAUCAUUUGGUAUCCGUGGAGCUCACAUCCCGACUCUACUCAGAGCAUUAGUCGGUUGCGGAUGGUAUGGUAUCGAGACAUGGAUCGGAGGUGAAGCUAUCUUCUUGCUCUUACCGGGUCAUAUUAAGAAGUCUGCUUUGUCUCAUACACUACCUUGGCUCGGCACUUCUCCCCUUGAGUUCUCUUGUUUUAUUGUCUUCUGGUUGGCUCAGCUUUGUAUUGUCUGGAGAGGUAUGGAUGGAAUCAGAAAGCUGGAAAAGUACUCAGCUCCAAUUCUGAUCAGUCUCACGUCCUGCCUCCUUGCCUGGUCCUAUCUCAAAGCCGGUGGAUUUGGUCACAUGCUUUCCUUAUCAUCCAAGCUAACCUCUGCUCAGUUCUGGACUCUCUUCUUCCCGUCCCUAACCGCAAACAUAAGCUUCUGGGCAACUCUAGCUUUAAACAUCCCUGAUUUUUCCCGGUUUGCAAAAUCACAGACGGAUCAAAUCAUCGGUCAAGUUGGUCUUCCUGUUUUCAUGGGGUUGUUUACGUUUGUUGGCGUAGCUGUUACGUCCUCCACAAGUAUCAUCUUUGGAAGAGUCAUAUCCAAUCCGAUUGAGCUUCUCGGUCAAAUUGGAGGCCUCGCCACAACUCUACUCGCUAUCGUCGGAAUAUCCCUAGCCACACUCACUACAAACAUAGCUGCAAACGUGGUCGCCCCAGCAAAUGCGCUUGUGAAUCUAAACCCUAAGUUUUUCACAUUCGGAAGAGGAGCCUUCUUGACCGCAGUUCUCGGAAUCGUGUUUCAGCCAUGGAGAUUGCUUAAAUCGAGCGAGAGCUUUGUGUACACAUGGCUCAUAGGGUACUCAGCGCUUCUUGGUCCAAUCGGAGGCAUAAUUCUUGUCGAUUAUUACCUGAUCAAGAAGAUGAAACUGAACAUUGGAGAUUUGUACUCUUUGAGUCCCUCCGGCGAAUAUUAUUUCUCUAAGGGGUAUAAUGUCGCAGCGGUCGUCGCUUUGGUCGCCGGAAUAAUCCCAGUCGUGCCUGGUUUUCUACACAAGAUCAGUGCUUUGUCGAAGAUCUCAAAUGGGUUCGUCGUUGUUUACGACAAUGCUUUGUUUUUCAGCUUCAUCAUCGCAGGAUUUGUCUAUUGGAUCAUAAUGUCUCGUCUGGGAAGGAAACAGAGCUCGUUGUCUUCUUCUUCACAUCCGCUUUUGUAAAUCUUUGCAUUUAAUUGGUUUCGUAAGUAACUAAAUAUAAGUCAUCACAGAUGUAAAAUUAAACAGAAGAACAAAAGAAAAGAAUUGUCAUUACUCAUUACGGAUUUAAUUUCAUAAUAUUGAUUUUCAUGCAGACUAAUAACUUUUUGUUAACAAUGAGCAUAUUGGGAUCUUAAAUAGCUUUACGAA